AUAUUACACUACUCUUCUUCAAAACUAUACAAUUAAGCAUGGCCUCACUGCCCAUUAACCCAACCUUCAAUCCUCACACCCCUGGCCCUGGCACCUCUAAACCCAAUUCAUUUCAGAAAUUCCCACAGACCCAUAUCAUAUCAUACCAAGAAGAUGGCACAAAUGAAAAAUUUCUCAAUAAAUCUCACUACUUCAAGCUCCUUGGGUCUCUAUGCAAAGAGGGUAAACUUCAAGAAGCUGUGGACUUUCUUAAGGAAAUGGAGUAUGGGAAUUUAUAUGUUGGACCUGAGUUCUAUGGUGAACUCCUCCAAGGCUGUGUCUAUGAGAGAAACCAAAAAUUGGGUAAGCAAAUUCAUGCCAAGAUUCUAAAAAGGGGUGAUUUUUUUGCCAGGAAUGAGUACAUUGAGACAAAGCUUGUUAUUUUUUAUGCAAAAUGUGAUGUUUUUGAUGUUUCCAAUCAUUUGUUUUGCAGACUGAGAAAACAGAAUGUGUUUUCUUGGGCUGCAAUUAUUGGACUACAUUGUAGGAUGAAUUUGUCUAAAGAAGCUUUGUUGAAAUACAUUGAAAUGCUUGAAAGUGGGAUUCUUGGUGACAAUUUUGUUCUCCCAAAUGUAUUGAAAGCUUGUGGUGCUUUGAAUUUUGUUGAAUUUGGGAAAUGUGUACAUGGGCAUGUCUUGAAAUUAAGUUAUGAAGAUUGUGUAUUUGUGGCUAGUAGUCUUAUUGACAUGUAUGGGAAAUGUGGGGUUUUGGAUGAUGCACGGAAGGUGUUUGAUUGUAUGUGUGAAAGAAACGUAGUUGCAUGGAACUCGCUAAUCGUAAGUUAUAUGCAAAAUGGAUUCAAUGAGGAAGCUAUUGGAGUCUUCUAUGAUAUGAGAACUGAAGAAAUUGAACCAACUCAUGUAACUCUGUCGAGUUUUCUUUCGGCUUCAGCCAAUUUAUGUGCUCUACAAGAAGGUAAGCAAGGCCAUGCUAUAUCUAUCGUGAGUGGAUUAGAUUUGAAUAACAUAUUGGGGAGCUCACUUAUAAACUUUUAUGCUAAAGUUGGUUUGGUUAAUGAUGCUGAGCUAAUAUUUGAUAGGCUGUUUGAGAAAGAUGUAGUAACAUGGAACUUGCUAAUGUCUUGUUAUGUACAAUCUGGUAAAAUUGACAAGGCUCUCAACUUGUCCCGUUGGAUGAGAUUAAAAGGUUUUAGGUUUGACUCCGUGACACUAUCAACAAUAUUAUCAGCCUCAGCAGAAUUAAGGGAUUUGAAACUUGGCAGAGAAGGGCAUUGUUUUUGUAUCAGAAACAAUUUUGAGGAUGACAUAGUUGUAGCAAGUGGUAUUAUAAAUAUGUACUCCAAAUGUGAGAAAAUCCCAGAUGCAAGACGGGUUUUUGACUACACAAUGGAGAAAGAUCUAGUCUUGUGGAAUACAUUAUUGGCUGCUUAUGCAGAAGUGGGUUUGAGUGGUGAGUCAUUAAGAUUAUUUUACCAGAUGCAGCUUUAUGGUUUACAACAAAAUACCAUAUCUUGGAAUUCUGUAAUUCUUGGAUUCUUAAGAAAUGGACAGAUAAAUGAGGCCAGAGACAUGUUUACACAAAUGAAAACUGUUGGUUUAGACCCUAACACGGUUACUUAUACUACUCUUAUCAGUGGUCUAUCACAAAAUGGUCACAACAGUGAGGCACUUACAUAUUUUAAGCAACUGCUUCAAGCAGGGUAUCGACCAAAUAGUGCAAGUAUUGUUGCCGCCCUCUCAGCCUCCACAAAUAUGGCGUCACUGCACGACGGAAGAGCCAUUCAUGGAUACAUUUUAAGGCAAAAGAUUCCAUUAUCUCUUCCAGUAGCAACUUCAUUAGUUGAUAUGUAUACUAAAUGUGGAAGUCUAAAUUGUGCAAAAUGCAUUUUUGAUUUGAUUCCAGAAAAGGAGUUGGCCUUGUAUAAUGCUAUGAUAUCUGGUUAUGCUUUACAUGGCCGUGCUAUUGAAGCACUUGCAUUGUUCAAACGUCUGUGCAAGGAAGGCGUGGAACCAGACAGCAUAACCUUCACCAGUGUGCUAUCCUCUUGUUGUCAUACUGGACUGGUAAAAGAAGGCUUAGACGUUUUUUAUGACAUGCUCUCUGUGUAUCAUAUGAAGCCAAGAGUGGAACAUUAUGGUUGUAUGAUCACUCUUCUCUCUAGGUGUGGUGAUCUCGAUGAAGCUAUGCAGCUCAUUCAGAGUAUGCCUUUCAAACCUGAUGCAAAUGUUUUUGAAUCACUGCUUGUGGCUUGUAGAGAACUCAGAGAGACAGAACUCGAGGAGCGUAUAGCUAAUUGUUUAAUUAAGAUGGAACCGGAUAAUUCAGGACACUAUGUGUCACUUUCAAAUGCAUAUGCAACAACUGGAAGAUGGGAUGAAGUCUCAAAACUGAGGGAUUUGAUGAAGAAAAAGGGUCUUAGGAAGAGACCUGGAUGCAGUUGGAUUCAGGUUGGAACAGAAUUUCAUAUGUUUGUUUCAGGAGACAAGUGGCAUUCACACACAGAGGAAAUAAGUACAAUGUUGGCUUUGCUGGAUAGGGAAAUGCAGCUUACUAGAUUCUUUUUCAACAACUGAGAAUAUCAAGUUAUGAUUCCUUGGGUACAUUUGUCAUCUUUGCAAACUGUACUCAUGUUAAUCUGAUACUAUCAAGAUCACAAUUUUGAGAGGUUAAAAAUGACUUGAAGACCCGAAAAGCCCCAACACAAGAGAAUGCCAAUCAUGUCAUCACUUGUGAAAAGAUAUAUCUGUAUUCUUCUUCAGGAGACAACAUUGAAGUUUUGAUGCUGGACCAGUUCAUAUAAAUUUCCUGAUGGAUCAGAGGCUUAGAUGAGACAACAUUAUGCUUUGUGGGCAAAAUGAUUUCGUGUGUUAACAACAACUUGGGUAUGGCCAAGUGAAGUCUAUCCUCUUGGGGCAAGC